UAUUAAUUAUUUUGAGAGAGAUGAAGAAGUGUCAGCAAGGGGACUUUUUGGAGGGGGAAAUGGAGAGGAAGGAAGUUCAAAUGGUUGGGAGAUUUGGGAAAAAUGGAGAUGAAUGACAAAGAAAUGGGAUUGUUGUUGAAGGAUUAUCGUUACCUUUGGAGAAUCCUGAAUUAAUUUUACCUAAUGAGGUUUUCAGUGAAACUUCAUUAAAACCAAUAGAGUCAUUUGAUGAAAUUUCUGUUUCAAUGGUUGAAGCGAUCUCUUUGCUUCAGGAUCUAAAAUCAACUAGAGCUGUAAGAAAAGAUGUUCAUCGUAGGAAGAUGCUCAGAGCCAUCAAGAAGUUCUUCUACGAGUUAUUUAAACACCUUAAUAACAAGUUAUUCAACAAGAGGUUGGCAAAGGUAAAAUCUACUAAAAUUCUGGAAGCCUUGAAAACACUUUGCAGGGUGUAUAUCUCCCAAUCAAUUCCUGAUGAAAUGGCUGAGUUCAUGUUCAAGGUCAUGAAUCUGAACAGCCUUGACUCUCCUAAAGAAGACAGUGAAGCCUUUAGAUCAGGAAGGAAAGUCCAUGACUGUAUCCAAAGUUAUAAUGACCAAAAGUUUGAAGAACUUUUUCUUUCUGAAUAUUUUAGAAUAUUUAUCAUUGCAUUUAUUGAGUUAAGGAAUAAAAGCAAUGAUUCCUUAGCUGAUAUAAAAGCGUCUAUGGUCUGGGAGAAUCACUUUAAUCGAUAUGACAACACUUUCAGCACAAUUAUCGAAGAGCUUCUGCACAAACCAAUGGAGGAAAGUUGAGAAGCAAGACUUCAAGAAGCAUAUAUUUGAAUAAUUGAAUUUUAAGUUUCCAAAUAAACUUAUCUGAUCGAGGUUAGAUUUUUAGAGUUAAAAAUAUGUUAAAACUUGGUAAUUAGUAAAACAUUUGCAUUUAAGAGACUUGGAAAUACAAAAUUUUUCGCAAAAAAAUUCAUAGUAGAUAUUUCUGGGAUUGGCAAGGUAAGAAUCUGAUUUAGGACUAAUAAUUUUAGCCAAAUCUGAAUUAUUUGGUCACCUAGUAUCCAUUUAACUCUCAAAAAAUAAGAGUUAAAAGUUUGUGUGCGAUUCCCAUCAGCUUUUUGAGGUCUGAUCUGGCUGGGUACUAAAUUAUUUAGAACUCAAAGUUUUCAGCCCUAUCUUCAUGUAUAGCUUCAUAUAGUUCCUCAUGUUAUUCUUAAGCUUUAAAUCUGCGUUUAAAGCUCAUAUUAUAAACAUAGUUAUACAUAUUUCUUGAAAGGGCAAUUAAUUCAUCCAUAAUUUUGCUUAACAUAAUCUGGGAACGGAUUCUUGGAAAUGUUUUCACAAAAUAAUUUAAAUAUUCAUAAAUUUAAUUGAGCUUUAGAUAGUAUCUAAGUGAGAUUUUACAGUGUCUAGUGGUGAUAAGGGAUCUAGAGACGCUAAAUUUGCGUUUAUUUAAUCAUUCAUAACUUUCAGAUUUCCUUGUUUUAAUAAAUCGGUGAACCAAAUUUUUCUGCAAAGUAAGCGAAGCUAAGAAUGUUUAUUAUAAAGACUUAAAAAAGCCUCUAACUGCCUCCUACAGUUCAAACGAUAGUAUGACUUCCUUUACUUAAGUUUUUGAAAGACCUAAUUAUUGGAAAUUUUGGAGUUUUAGCAAAAUUCUCAGAUUAAAAAUGAAGCUACCAAUUAAAUGUAUGGAACAUACUAAAUCCUAAAUUUAUUGAAAUAAUGCACUAUGUGAUCAAACCCAGUGAUGGUUUAUCACAUCCUUAAGUUAUUCAGCACCCAGCCAGACAUUAUUAAGAUUACUCAUAAUUUUAACAUGAAUAAAUAUUUCAGUAUCCUUUAGUCAUUGGAGAGAAGAAAGUGAUAAAAAUGAUGUAUCUGGGCUAGGAGAGGCAUCACUGGAAGAUACCAGAUGCUUCUGAUUGUAGCAGAUAAAUUCAAGUAUAUUAAGAAAUUUUGCAUAAGGCUAGAGAAGCUUUCCUGAACAAAAGAAAAAGAUAUUUGAAAUUUACGGAUUGACAAUAUUUAUCCUGAAUAUAUUCAUCAGUUGG